AUGCCAAGUGUCUUAAACAACAAUAUGAAAUCAAACGACAAACAUAAGACACACUCAUUCAUCGUCGUCACAGGUGGUGUUGGUGUCGGGAAGACUACACUGAUAGAGAAGAUUCAACUCAUCUACGGCAAUGCUGUUGGUAUCGUUCAAGAGUUCAUUGAUUACUCUCCACAGAAGGGCAAGAAGUAUUUAGAGGACUUCUUGAGUGGUAAAAUGAAUUGCUUUGAGUUCCAGUCCUUUGUGUUAGAUUGCUACGAUUUACAGUUGACCGACUUCUGCUCCACAAAGAAGCUUAUUAUCAUGGAAAGAGGUCCUUUUGAUUCAGUCGGACUCUUCACGCGCCAGUCUCUUAUCGACGGAAGAAUAUCACAAGAAAACUUCGACAAACUGAUUGAGAAGAUACAUGUCAUCGAAAAGAAGUAUCAAAUACCAACAACAGACACCUUCAAUAUGGAAGCUCGGGAUAUGGCAUACUCAAAUGAGAAAAGUGUUUUUGAGUCUCUAGAAAAUGGAAUAUAUAAAACGGUGGAGGACUCUUCUGAUUUAUUGAUAUACCUCUAUUCCUCAGUCCCUAAAAAGCAGCUUGACAAUAUCAAGAAAAGAGGAAGAAAGGGGGAAGAAAAUUACGACGUGAAUUAUAUGAUGAAGAUCAACAAUGCAUAUAUGGAGAUGUUUGGAAAUCGGAUUUGA